AUGGAUUCGAGCUCGGAUUCGGAUGCUGACUCGUCCUCGCAGAACUCCUCAACGUCGACGGCGACGCCACAGCAGCAUGCCUUCGAGAAACGGGCCGACGGCGUGAAAGCGCCGAAGAGUGAUAUCAAUGCGCUUAUCCUCGAUUAUUUGACGAUGGAGGGCUAUCCCAAGGCGGCUGCCAAGUUCUGCAAGGAGGCGAACCUCCAGCCGCAGCAGUCGGACUCGUCCAUCCAGCGUCGCCAAGACAUCCAGUAUGCCAUCCACAGCGGCAACAUCCAUACAGCCAUUUCGGCGUUGAAUGAUCUGGAUCCUGAGAUACUUGAUACGGACCCCAAGUUGCACUUCUCGCUCCUCCGGCUCCAGCUUGUCGAGCUCAUUCGGGAGUGCAAUGACACCGACGUGACCCGGGCCAUUGAUUUUGCCACGGACAAUCUGGCUCCACGGGCGGCAGCCAACAAGGACUUCUUGAACGAUCUCGAGCAGACCAUGGCGCUGAUCAUCUUCCCGCACGACAACCUCCAACCGGAGCUAGCCAGGCUGCUGAGCUCGGACCUGCGCCGGACCACGGCGAUCAAGGUUAACGAGGCCAUCUUAAUGCGGGAGAACCGGCGCCGCGAGGCUGCUAUUCGGCAGCUGGUGCGCAUGCGGACAUGGGCUGAGACGUCGGGCCGGUCCCAGAAGAAGGAUGUCCCCGAAACGCUAGAGCUCGGACUGAAUACGGAUGGUAAUGAGUACGGGGAGACUAGCGCUGAGCCUAUGAUUAUGACAUGA